GGAGCGCGGCCGGCCGCGGAGCUGGGGUCACGGGCUACGCAUGCGCCGGGAGGGAGCGCAAUCACGGACUCAGCUGCGGCCACCAGUUUGAAAAGGAAACCCCGAACCGCGAGGGCGCGAAGGGAAUCUGGCCGCCGCCGCGCGCGCGCUUCCGCAAAAGAAAAGCACAAGAAGUAAAGAAACUUUUGCAUUCACUGUUAAUUCGGCUAGCGUGCUGAUCCCCGAAAUCACAGUGAAGAGAAGCUGCUGAAACUCAGAAGCUGAUUUGGUCACAUUCUAAGAUGCCUUCAGAAUAUUCUCCAUACCUCCUAAAUCAGUCUUUAGAGCUUGGUGGAUUUCACUAGAUGUCUCCAGUCUUCAUUUUGAACUCAGGAUUAAAAACUCUGGGUAGAAUACAACAAUCAACAAUCUGAAGACUAAAAACAUAGCAGACAGAUUGAGAAGGAAAGUCAAAACUUGAAGAAUAGCUGUGUCAUGACUUCUGAGAUUGAUGGUUGGUCAUAUAGAAGAAGCCCUUGAACCUAUAGUAUUCUGAAAAAUCAGUUCAAAAGAUCGAAAAGUACAAAAGGAACAGUACAAAUGUCUACGACAAGACGAAAACGUGUUAUGUUAUGCUGUUUACCAUAAGCUGUAGUAAAAUGAGCUCGAUUGUUGACAGAGAUGACAAUAGUAUUUUUGAUGGGUUGGUGGAAGAAGAUGACAAGGACAAAGCAAAAAGGGUAUCUAGAAACAAAUCUGAAAAGAAACGUAGAGAUCAAUUUAAUGUUCUCAUUAAAGAGCUGGGAUCCAUGCUUCCUGGAAAUGCUAGAAAGAUGGAUAAAUCUACUGUUUUGCAGAAGAGUAUUGACUUUUUGCGAAAACAUAGAGAAAUCACUGCACAGUCAGAUGCUAGUGAAAUUCGACAGGACUGGAAACCUACAUUCCUUAGUAAUGAAGAGUUUACACAGUUAAUGUUAGAGGCUCUUGAUGGUUUUUUUUUAGCAAUCAUGACAGAUGGAAGUAUAAUAUAUGUGUCUGAGAGUGUAACUUCGUUACUUGAACAUUUACCAUCUGAUCUUGUGGAUCAAAGUAUAUUUAAUUUUAUCCCAGAAGGAGAACAUUCAGAGUUUUAUAAAAUACUCUCUACCCAUCUGCUGGAAAGUGAUUCAUUAACUCCUGAAUAUUUAAAAUCAAAAAACCAAUUGGAAUUCUGUUGCCAUAUGCUUCGAGGAACAAUAGACCCAAAGGAGCCAUCUACUUAUGAAUAUGUGAGAUUUAUAGGAAAUUUCAAAUCUUUAAACAGUGUUUCCACUUCAACACAUAAUGGUUUUGAAGGAACCAUACAGCGUACACAUAGGCCUUCUUAUGAAGACAGAGUUUGUUUUGUAGCUACUGUCAGGCUAGCUACACCUCAGUUCAUCAAGGAAAUGUGUACUGUUGAAGAACCCAAUGAAGAAUUUACAUCUAGACAUAGUUUAGAAUGGAAAUUUCUGUUUCUAGAUCACAGGGCACCACCAAUAAUAGGAUAUUUGCCAUUUGAAGUUCUGGGAACAUCAGGCUAUGAUUACUAUCAUGUGGAUGACCUAGAAAAUCUGGCAAAAUGUCAUGAACACUUAAUGCAGUAUGGAAAAGGUAAAUCCUGUUAUUAUAGGUUCCUGACCAAAGGACAACAGUGGAUUUGGCUUCAGACUCAUUAUUAUAUCACUUAUCAUCAGUGGAAUUCAAGGCCAGAGUUCAUUGUUUGCACACACACUGUAGUAAGUUAUGCAGAAGUAAGGGCUGAAAGACGACGAGAACUUGGCAUUGAAGAGUCUCUUCCUGAGACAGCUGCUGACAAAAGCCAAGAUUCUGGGUCUGACAAUCGAAUAAACACUGUCAGUCUCAAGGAAGCAUUAGAAAGGUUUGAUCAUAGCCCAACUCCUUCUGCUUCUUCCCGAAGUUCAAGAAAAUCAUCUCACACAGCAGUCUCCGACCCUUCCUCAACUCCAACAAAGAUCCCAACGGAUACUAGUACUCCUCCCAGGCAGCAUUUACCAACUCAUGAAAAGAUGACACAAAGGAGAUCAUCAUUUAGUAGUCAGUCCAUAAAUUCCCAGUCUGUUGGUCCAUCAUUAACACAGCCAGUGAUGUCUCAAGCUGCGAAUUUACCAAUUCCACAAGGCAUAUCUCAGUUUCAGUUUUCAGCUCAGUUAGGAGCCAUGCAGCAUCUGAAAGACCAGUUGGAACAACGGACACGGAUGAUAGAGGCAAAUAUUCAUCGGCAACAAGAAGAACUGAGGAAAAUUCAAGAACAACUUCAAAUGGUCCAUGGUCAAGGGCUGCAGAUGUUUUUGCAACAGUCAAACCCUGGAUUGAAUUUUGGUUCUGUUCAACUUUCUUCUGGAAACUCAUCGAAUAUCCAGCAGCUCACACCUGUAAAUAUGCAAGGCCACGUUGUUCCUGCUAACCAGAUUCAGAGUGGAAUGAGUGCUGGACACAUUGGCACAAGUCAACACCUGAUGCAACAACAGACUUUACAAAGUGCAUCCACUCAGAGUCAACAGAGUGUACUGAGUGGACAUGGUCAGCAAACGUCUCUUCCCAGUCAGACACAGAGCACUCUAACAGCCCCAUUGUAUAACACUAUGGUGAUUUCUCAGCCUGCAGCCGGGAGCAUGGUCCAGAUUCCAUCCAGUAUGUCCCAGAACAGCACUCCGGGUGCCACAGUAACUACAUUCACUCAGGACAGACAGAUAAGAUUUUCUCAAGGUCAGCAACUUGUGACCAAAUUAGUGACUGCUCCAGUAGCUUGUGGGGCAGUCAUGGUACCUAGUACUAUGCUCAUGGGUCAGGUGGUGACUGCCUAUCCUACUUUCACCACACAACAGCAGCAGGCACAGACAUUGUCUGUAACACAGCAGCAGCAGCAACAGCAGCAGCAGCAACAACAGCAGCAGCAACAGAGCACCCAGGAGCAGCAGCUUCCUUCAGUUCAGCAACCAUCUCAGGCUCAGUUGACCCAACCACAGCAGCAAUUUUUACAGGCUUCCAGGUUGCUCCAUGGGAACCCUUCAACUCAGCUCAUCCUGUCUGCUGCAUUUCCACUACAGCAGAGCAGCUUCCCUCAGUCACAUCACCAGCAACAGCAGUCCCAGCAAGUGCAGCAACUUGGUCGUCACAGGACUGACAGUCUGACCGAUCCUUCUAAGGUUCAGCCACAGUAGCACUCAUGCUUCCUCUCUGAUGCCGAGGGAGGAAGGGAUGGUUCAGAAAGACUUGCUCAGAUGAACUGAGGAUAGGAAAAAGUUGCAGCAGAUUCAUGCAAUGCAGUAUUGAAUGUUGUAGUUCCUGGAUUAGUCAGCAGGAAAAUGCUGCCUAGCUGUAUGUUAAACACCAGCCAGCAGGAAGAUGGUUGGAGGGACGUAGCCAAUUCUGACAGGGUUUCAGUUGCCCAGGUAUUUUUCAUGGAAAAGGAGUAUAUUGCCAAAUGUUAAGAAGCUCAGCUGUGGAAUGAUCUCUAGCAAACAAAAAGGCACUAACAAUGUUAGUACCUUCUAGUGGUUCUGUGCCUGUUACUUAGUGUUACCAAGGACACAUCGCUGCCACGUUGGGUUUGCUUACGAUGAUGCCAUUGAAGACAGUCCAGGAAUCAAGUGUCCCCCAUCCCUAACCCUCCCCUUUUCACGUAACGAUGGAACUGUACUUACUUUCAGAAUGUUGUGUGGGUUCAAAUGCUGUAUGUACAGGUAUUGUAAAACUAUGUAUAUGCCUGGAUGAAGAAGAGAAAGCAAACCAUGUGUGCACUGCAUGAAAGCAUUAACUCUUCUUAGGAGUGCAUUUCAUUAGCCCACCACACCAUGUACAAACUGAUACAUCAGCCUCUGUUUUUCCUUUUGUUUACAACACAGUAAUAUUCUACUCAUGUUUCCGGGGCACAAAUCUUUUUGUUCAUACUUUGGCUGUGAUGUCACAGUUUGUUCAGUGAGGUCUGAUGUGCUGCUGGGAAUGGAUCUCUUCUUUUUUCAGGUUAAAUUAUUGAUACAACAGAAUUUUUCAAGUUAUUAAUAGAUAUCCCUCAUUUCAUUAUUUUUCAAAUAUGUUUGAAAAUAGGAUUUGCACUGCUUUUAUUUUGAUGGUUGGGAGUUUGAUCACAUUUUUUGAUGUAUUCCAUAGUUGGAAAUAUUUAUGUAAAUGGUUUUCAACAAGCCUGAAAGUAAUUUCAAGAAUGUUUCAGUUAUAGAAGUAAAGUUUGCACACAAGAUUUAGGCACUUUUUAAUGUUCUCAAUGCUGAGAAUUUUAACUUUUAAGAUUUGUUGGAAUCUUUUUAUUAUCCUUCACAGUUUCAAUGCUUAUUUUAGUCAGAAAUGAUUCAGGGUUAUUUGAGGGGGGAAAAAACCCAUAGUGCCUUGAUUUUAAUUCAGGUGAUAAAUCACCAUCUUGAAUUCAUUGUCUGGUUUCAGUAGCAAUUUUGAAACCUUAGUACAUUUUUAAUAGCAUGUGGGUGUCUGUGUCAUUAUUCUCCUGAGUCCCUAUGAAGACUGCUGUGAGUCUCUUGAACAGGAAGACAAAUAAAAAAUAAAAUGACCACCUAAUGCUAUCACAAUUAUUAAUGUGAUCCCAGAUAGUUCCCUAAAUUAGCAUCUUCCUUUAAAGCUAAAUAGUCACUUGAGUAAAUAUUUGCUCAAUGUGAUGUUAUUCCUACAAAAAGGUGCAGGAAUUGGCUUUGCCUUCAUUUCAACACCAGUUCACUGUAACUCACAUGCUCUCUAAACAUGCACUAAGAUUUCACCUGGCAAUAUUACAUUCUAAAGGUAAUAAAUUCCAACACAAGUUACAUAUACUUAAAAAAAUAUUUUUUAAAUUUUAUGGUACUAAUAAUGAAAUUUACAACUGUAGAACAAAAGAUUAGGAAAACUCCUUAUUUGAAUAUAGGAAGUUAUUACUGAGAAACAAGAGGAAAAUAAGAAUAAGAAACCAAAAUUGACCUUCAAAUGUAUAAGAGUUAAGGCUGUUAAACAGAAAAAGUUUUGAGCAAUGAAAAAAGUGCAGAAUGCUAAGGGCUUGAGAACGCUAAGGCAAUUCUUUUUGUCUUCAGCUUUGCUAUUAUCCUUAAGGGAUAUACUUUGUUUUUUUAUUUAAAAAGCUAUUUGUGGUCUGAAUUAAAUUAGAAAAUAACCAAAGAUGGUUGGUACCUACUCUUCUACAAAAGAAGUGUGACUAGAUGCCAGUCAGUAAUUAACAUAUCAGAGAAGUAUUCUUCUAGCUGAUUACCCAGAUUCCCAACAGUUGGGUAGUUGUCAGGAUCUGUGUACCUGAGCAUAGAGACAUGCACACCAAUGUAAAACACUGCAGCAGCGUUGCUUUUCUCCCCUUCCAAAUUGCCUUUCUCAAUCUUACGCCAUUCCUUAUACUGUGUGUAUCUGAGUUGUGCCUCACUUAUUUAUUGGCAAUAUCUAAUAAUAAGAAUUGAGCUAACAAAAAGAUAUGAAGAAGUAUUAUAUUAAGGUUUAUCUUUUAAGUACCACACUUAUAAGAAAGAUCAUGAACUGUGAAUACUAUGUGCUUAACAAAAGCAAAGCCUAAGCUAAGCCACAAGGUAGAUUACUACAAAUUCACAUUCUCCUGCCCCCAGCCCUUCAAAUAAUUUGCAUCUUCACAACUAUCUGGGAAAUUUAAACAAACUUUUGCUUUAUAAUUCUUGUUCUUCACAGUUCAUCUUUUUCGUGUGUGAAAUUAGUGUAGCUAAAUUUUAAAAGCAACUGCCUGCUUUUCCUUUACUGUCUGUGGAGAAUUUUGUCCAAAAACACAGCCAGCCUCAGCUGCCUCUUCUUUACCUUUGGCUUCCUCCUGCUUCCCUUAAAUCUGGGUUGCAGCUUUGUCCGUCUUCUCUGCCUUGAGGGAAGCAUUCAGAUGAAGAUUUCAGCACUGGCCUGUUCUUCAUUCAUUUCUAUAGCCAAAGUUAAUUAAAAUCCCAAAUCAAAACUACAAAAAGGUACCAAAUAGGAACACCAUUCAGCUUCUUAAAAGUUUUCUCCCCACAUUACUCUCAAAGGGAUUUAGUUCUUCUUAGAAACACUUUAUUUUGGGUGACACUUUUUAAAGGAAAAAUGCUAGCUGCUGUACACUUAUCUUGCGUUGGACUGCUGAGGCCUGGGAUGAGUCGGCAUUAGUGACAAGUAUGAGACCAGCAAGGGUUAAGAAAUUUGCUGUUGAGAGUGGCGUCAAACCAGAACCUAGACACUUAAGCAUACUUUUCUUUUUCCUAAGUGGAAAAUAUGGGAGAAAAAGCAGAUGUGGUGGAUGGGAGUAGCAUGUAAGUAAAUUGGUUUCCCAACUCCAUCCUAAAUUCAGGGGGCUAUUUUAUUGCUAUGCUCUGGUUGGUCAAUUAGAUGUGGCUUAGGAAUGUGCUAGUAACAAAAGGAUGCCAGUGAAUUUGGAUGCUCGUUACAGUGCGGUUGUGGGAGUUAGGAUUCUUUAGAUGUGUGGUAUAGUGGUUGGUCAUUGCCUUAAAGCAGUCUCUUGAAGUCAGGAGCACUGAAGCAGUCCAGCUCUCUAAAGGACAUUGUGUUGAAGGAAGAUGAACCCUUGUUCAAGAAGCCUUAGAGAGGGACCCUUAAAUUAGCAGUCUACACAGGUGGAAAUUCUUUUCAACUGAGUAUUACUCCAUGUGUUGAAAAAUGUUUCCACUUUGUCGAGGCAAACUUUUAAGUGGAAUGCAGAUAGCAUUUUACUUUUGUAUUUCUUUUUUCUGUUUCUUUGGUUAUUGAAGGUUUGUUGAACAUUUGUGUAAAACUCACUCAAAUCUAUAACCUUUCCAACAUCUGUGGUCCUGUUUUUAGUCCCACAGGAAUCCACAGAAGGUAUAAACACUGGAUAUUAAUAUUGCUGAGUGCAUUUAGCCAGGAGUAAGCUGAUGGAACAUUUCAUUGGUGAAGAAACAGCACAAAGGCACUUGCCAUUUUAAUAGUACAAUACAGUAAUUGGAGGAGACCUUUUAAGUUUGUCUGGAUUGGAGGAGCAUUCUUCUAAAAGGAGCCUCUGAAGUAAUUGCAAAGGAAAAGACUAUUUUUAUAGCAUAUUUAAUAUAUUUGUAUAUAACUGAGUAUAGUAGAUUCCCUCCACAUGCCUCCCUCUUUUCUAAUCCCCCCCCCCCCCCCCCCCCCCCCCCCCCCAUAGCCCUAGUGUAGCUUCAUCCGCAUGGGUAAUGUGCCUAUUGUCAGCCUACCAAAAGAUAGUGCUGCUGCUUUUUGAGACAAGUGAGAAGACCAGAAUCUCAUGCCUGGGGAUCCUUUAUGGGAGGUAUAGCACACACGUAAAACAACAUACCACAGUUUAAAAGCAUCAUUUUCAAAUGUAACAAGCACUUUAUUGCAAUUAUUCAUUUUGAUAAAGUUUAUUAUCUUAGGCAUUAACCAUUUCCAAAGGAUCCCCAAAUCAUCACUUGGUGAAAUUAUAAAUGACAUUUCUGAGAAAUGUUUAGAUCCAGUGAACCGUAGUAGGUUUAUGGGAGUGAUUUCAAGGUAGCCAAAUGAACUCUUUUGUUUUGAAUGUGGUGGAGUCAGGAGAUUGUAGAUGCCUAGUUCCAUUUAAACACUAUUGUAAACCUAUCUUGCCUAUUGUGUGGACACCAAAAGAGACCAAUGAGCCCGUUCAUUUUCAGAGAUCUAGGAAAAUUGCAUCCAUGUGAGUAGAUGCACAGAUUUGAUCUAAAAGUGAUUGGUAGUAAUAUUUUAGAAUAAUUUCAAGAAUUACUGAGUGUUUUAAAUGUGCCCUGAAAUGUUGGCAUGUGAUUUCAGCAUUUCCAUUUGACUUGUUUUUGUAAUAUUUAAGCACAAAAAGGACUGAGAUGUCUCCUUUGGUUGAAGAAAAAAACAUAUAAUUUGGUCUUAUUUUAAUGUUCAUCCCUGUGGAAACACUGGGGAUGAAUUAUGUUGGUAUAGCUAUUAAUUUAGGAUAUUUAAAAGUGUUGAACAGAUCACAAGAAAUAAAGCAAACUUGGAAAUUUAAAAAUUAAAAUAUUUUUUCCCCAUGUGACUGUUUUGCAUUUUUUCCCCAUUGUCAUAACACUACAUUCCUUGGUUUUCUUAGGUAAUACUCUACAGGUUUUGAGUAUUUGAAUGAUUUAUAAGCUGCCUGGGUUUUCCCAGGGAAAUGUUCCCUAGUAAAAUAGGAAGAAUUAUAGUUUCUGAGGAGACUACUAAGUGAAAUUCUGUCACCACCACCAGCAAACAGAGGUGCUGCACUAAGUGACAAUCAAAAUAGUAUUUAUGAGAGGAUUUAGAAAGUGGUUGAAAGCAAUUGCUUUGAAAGCAGUUCUCUGGGUUUCUUGAAUAAAAUGGCUAAAUGUAUUUAUUUAUAUUUUUUAAAGUCUGAAUUUUUCUCAGUAUUGUGUAUUUAAUUUGUGGUUUUGUUUUGCAUCAUCUUAUAUUUGAAGAACUGACUGUUCGCUGGAGUGUCUCUUGCUGACUCCACAGUCAGUCAAUCUGUCUCACGUCAAGAUGUCAAUAGAGGGCCCAAAUCCAGAUGCCCCUGCACUUUACCCCAAUUCUCAACUCAUUUAAGAAAAUAAUUUUAAAAGGUAACUCCUUCCAGCUCUGCUUCACACAGCCCCGCUUCACAGCUCCAACCUUUCUAUUUUCACUUGCUGCCUUCUGUUUUAUGGGCACUUUUUGUAUGAACACUUCCCACACACAGCCAAAGGCCAGUAUGGCAGAGCCAGUGUGGCACAUGCUGCCUCAGGUUUGCUGUUUCCGAAAAUAGUAAUAAAACAGUCAACAUCUUCUAAUGGCUGUCACUACCAUAUCCAUAUUGAAGUCCUUAAAGGGAAAAAUCCUCUAGAAGGUUGGCUGUCUUUAUAUACUAGUAGUGUUCUUUUAAAAACCAAACCUCCAUACAUAGCGCUGUCCAAGAAAGCAGCGAUCAUCUGAAGCCUAGACCUUUGAGGAUCCUUCCUGCUCACGCAGUGGAGUGCAAUCCUCCACUUAAAAGCUCCCAGCGUAGCUUCGAGUCUCACAGGCUAGGUAAAGCACACAGAAGGAUCCCUUAGAGAAUGGUAACUGAAAUACAUCAACCACAGGUUAGGUUUAAUGAUGUAAAUGUCUGAUGAUUUACUGGAAGAAAUGCUGUUUUCAAAUAUGUGCACUUAAAUCUGAGGAAACAAACUGUGACAUCGCUUUAAGAAAUGUUUUGUGUGUUCUAAGUUGGCCUGUACUGAUACUAGGUCACUGCUGGCAGUGGUUGUACCAGUACUAAGUUAAAAUGUAGGAAAAGCUGUUAUCUUCAAAUUGAUGUAUCAUAACUAGACAAUCAUGUUCCAGCAAAAAAAAA